UUCUUCACAAAAAAAAGAGAAACAGAGAAAAUAUCUUCUUAUUCUUCUUCAACAAUGUCGUUGGAGAAACUGAUUUAUAGUAAUGGAGAAGAAGAGAAGCAGAGAUUAUCUGAGCCGUUGGUGUCUUCGUCCAAUAGGUCAUCAUCACAUCAGAGCUUCCAUGAAAGAAGCAAUGAAGAAGAAGAAGAAGUGGAAGAAAAGAUAUUUGAAGAAUUACCAAAAGCAACGAUUGUAUCUGUUAACCGUUCCGACUCUAGUGAUUCUAAUCCUUUGCUUUUAUCUUAUACUAUUCAACUUCAAUACAAACAGUUCAAAUGGCGGUUACUGAAGAAAGCUCCUCAAGUUAUCUACUUGCAUUUACAGUUGAAGAAACGAGCAAUUAUUGAAGAAUUCCAUGAGAAACAAGAGCAGGCUAAAGAUUGGCUUCGGACGUUAGGAAUAGGAGAUCAAACAACAGUUAUGCAUGAUGGUGAUGAUUUAGACGAUGAGACUGUUCAUUCGCACCACGAAGAAAACACUAAGAAAACGAAUGUUCCGUCACGUGCUGCUCUUCCAAUUAUUUGCCCAGCACUAGGAAAACAGCAAUCUGUUCUAGAUACAGCUAAGGUCGCAAUGCAAGGGUAUCUGAAUCAUUUUCUGGGGAAUUUGGACAUUGUAAACUCCAGAGAGGUCUGCAGGUUUUUGGAAGUGUCCAAGUUAUCAUUUGCUUCAGAGUAUGGUCCUAAGCUUAAAGAGGAUUAUGUAAUGGUGAAACAUCUACGGAAAAUCACUAAGAGGGAAGAUGAUGAUGGAAAAUGUUGUCCGUGCCUCUGGUUCAAUUGCUGUAGAACCAAUUGGCAAAAGGUCUGGGCUGUAUUGAAACCUGGAUUUUUCGCCUUGCUUAAUGAUCCUUUUGACACCAAACUCUUAGAUAUAAUCCUGUUCGAUGUACUACCAUCCUCAAAUGGAAAGGGAGAAGGCCAAUUUUGUUUAGCAAAAGAAAUUAAGGAGCGUAAUCCUUUACGUUAUUCAUUUGUGGUGUCUUCUGGAGCCCAGAGCAUGAAGUUAAGAACAAGAAGUAGCAAUAAGGUUAGAGAUUGGGUUGCCGGGAUUAAUGAAGCUGUAAUACAGCCACCUGAAGGAUGGUGCCAUCCUCACCGUUUCAGCUCUUUUGCUCCCCCAAGGGGAUUGACUGAAGAUGGUAGCCAGGCCCAGUGGUUUGUAGAUGGGGAGGCUGCAUUUGAAGCGAUUGCCAAAGCAAUUGAGGAAGCCAAGUCAGAGAUAUUUAUUACAGAUUGGUGGCUGUGCCCAGAGCUGUAUCUACGACGGCCUUUUAGUGAAUGUGAUUCCUCUCGGCUCGAUGUUUUACUGGAAGCAAAAGCCAAAGAAGGGGUUCAGAUUUACAUUCUUCUUUACAAGGAAGUUCCCCUUGCCUUGAAAAUUAACAGUAUGUACAGCAAGCAAAAGCUUCUUAAUAUUCAUGAGAACGUGAGAGUACUGCGUUAUCCUGACCAUAUCUCAACAGGUGUUUAUUUAUGGUCCCACCAUGAAAAGCUUGUUAUUGUCGAUUACAAGAUUUCCUUUAUUGGAGGACUUGAUUUAUGUUUUGGUCGUUAUGACAACUCCGAACAUAAAGUAGGUGAUUUCCCUGCUGUGAUUUGGCCGGGAAAAGACUAUUACAAUGCAAGGGAGUCGGAGCCGAACUCUUGGGUGGAUACGAUGAGAGAUGAAUUGGAUCGUUGUAAGUACCCACGCAUGCCAUGGCAUGAUGUCCAUUGUGCUCUAUGGGGCCCUCCUUGCCGUGAUAUUGCAAGGCAUUUUGUUCAGCGCUGGAACUAUGCAAAGAGAAACAAAGCUCCGAAUGUGCAAAAAAUUCCUCUACUCAUGCCUCAGCACCACAUGGUUAUUCCACAUUACUUGGGAAGAAGAAACACAGAAAUAGUGUCCGAAAGUACAAACAAGGAAAAUAGUCACGGGGACACACCAUUCCAGGGUUCUCUUGCCUCCCCAGCGUCAGUACAGGACAUACCGCUGCUUUUUCCUCGGGAAGCUAAUGGACUAGUUGUGGAAUACGAAAACCAAAACUUGAACAGCUCGGGCGAGAUUCCCAAUCCUAGGAAUCAGCAAAGCAGCUGUGAUCCAACCCUUUCAGUCUUUUCUCUGAAUUCUAAAGCCAAACCGCCAGCUUCAGAUCCCAUGGAUAUUCAGAGAAACAUGUGUUUAAAUGAGCAGUCUGGCACGCAAUGUUCAGAUGCAUGGUGGAAAGGACAGGAGCGGGGAGAUCAGGUCAUUUCUGCUGAUGAAGCUGGACAAGUUGGUCCUCGCGCUUCUUGUCGUUGCCAGGUUAUUCGAAGUGUCGGUCAGUGGUCAGCUGGAACAAGCCAAACUGAAGAGAGCAUUCACAAUGCUUAUUGCUCUCUGAUUGACAAAGCAGAGCACUAUGUUUACAUCGAGAAUCAAUUCUUCAUCUCAGGUCUUUCUCAAGAUGAGAUAAUACAUAAUCGUGUCUUGGAGUCAUUAUACAAGCGCAUUUUACGAGCAUACCAAGAAUCGAAGUGUUUCAGAGUUAUUAUUGUCAUGCCACUCCUACCUGGCUUCCAGGGUGGUCUGGAUGAUGGUGAUGCGGCAUCUGUAAGAGCAAUAAUGCAUUGGCAAUAUCGAACAAUUUGCAGAGGAAAGAAUUCAAUAUUGCAGAAUUUAUAUGGUGUGCUUGGUCCUAGAACACGUGAUUACAUUUCUUUCUAUAGUCUCCGAGGUCAUGGCAGACUCUGCGAUGGUGGCCCUUUAGUAACCAAUCAGGUAUAUGUGCACAGCAAGGUAUUGUUGAUUGAUGACCAUACAGCCAUGAUUGGAUCAGCUAAUAUAAAUGAUAGGAGUUUACUUGGAUCAAGAGACUCCGAGAUUUGUGUAGUUAUAGAAGAUAAAGAAUUUGUAAAUUCAUCCAUGAAUGAAAAGCCAUGGAAAGCUGGUAAAUUAGCUUCUAGUCUUCGUCUUUCUCUGUGGGCCGAGCAUCUUGGUAUUCGUGGUGGAGAGAUCAAUCGAUUACGUGAUCCUGUCACCGAUGCAACAUACAAAGAUAUUUGGAUGUCAACUGCAAAGGAAAAUACGAGUAUCUACCAAGAUGUCUUUGCUUGCCUUCCCAACGAUAAAGUACACUCGAGAUCUGCAAUCAGACAAAGCAUGGCAUACUGGAAAGAUAGAUUGGGAUAUACCACUAUUGAUUUAGGAGUUGCUCCAAGCAAAUUAGAGGCUUUUCAUAAAGGAGAUGUGAAGGUAACAGAUCCCAUGAAAAGAUUAGAAUCCAUAAGAGGACAUCUAGUUUCAUUUCCCUUAGAAUUUAUGUGUCAGGAAGAAGAUUUAAGACCCAUGUUCAUUGAGAGUGAGUUUUAUGUAUCUCCUGAAGUCUUCCAUUGAUCAUGCAACUCCCUCAUAAAAAAAGUAAACGGUACGCGAGUUAUAACCUCAGAGGUGUCACCAUCCUUCCACAAAAAACCCAUCAAAACAAAAAUAACACAAAAACCCCAUCAAAACAAAAUUAACACAAAAACCCCAAAUUUAAAUAUUGCUUUCAUCAAAUUUUAUUUUGGUUUCAUCAAAUUUUACGAUGAAACCAAAAUAAAAUUUAAUGAAACCAACAUUUAAAUUUGGAAUUUUGUAUCAAUUUUUAAAAAAUUUGGGGUGUUUGUAUCAAUUUUGUUUACGAUAGAGUUUUAAUGGAUCUCAACAUUUGAGUGAGAUUUUUGUACCACAAAUUUGGUCAUCUUGGAUUUUUAUGAUUAGUUUUGAAAAGUAAAUGUGUAAAUUCUACCUCCCUCCUUUCAUUUUCUAUUCCCCCCCUUUUGGGCCGAAAAGCUUUCUAGUAUUGAUUGUUUUUAAUUAGACUUUUAGUUAGCGGCCAGAUUCGUUGAAAAAAUGGAUGCGCCAUUGUACAGUUUUACACC